CUCUAAUCUCACUCUACUUGAUUUAGUCGUUCUCAUCAUGUCUCAAUCUAUCCCCCAACAUCCUGGACAGCGGGAGAACAUCGAGACUCGCCUUUUCAUUAACGGCGAGUUUGUCCCCUCCCUCUCCGGGUCCAAGUUCGACCUGUACAACCCGGCCACCGAGGAGCUCAGUGCCUCGGUCUAUGAAGCCGGUCCCGAUGAUGUCGACCGCGCUGUUGCGGCCGCCAAAGCUGCCUUCCCAGCCUGGUCGGAAACGGGAGCCCUGCAGCGAGCCCACUUGCUGGAGAAAUGGGCCGAUCGUCUGGAGGCAUGCGCUGAUGAGAUCUCCUAUCUUGAUGCCAUUUGCAUGGGCAAGCCCGCAUACAAUGACCACUUCGGUCGUUUCAUGGCCCAGUUCGUGCGGGUAUAUGCCGCCAAGGCCCUAGAUAUCACCGGCGAAUCCUCCCUGAACACCCCUGGCUUCGUUAAUGUCAGCUUGCGCCAACCCUUUGGCGUGUGCGGUGCUAUUGUCCCCUGGAACGGCCCCGUGGUGACCAUGAUCUUCAAGGCUGCCGCAGCCUUGGUCACCGGCAACACCAUCGUCAUCAAAUCUUCCGAAAAGGCCCCUCUGAGUUGCCUGGUGGCUGCUCGCUGUGCCCAGGAAGCCGGCUUUCCUCCGGGUAUCUUCAAUAUGCUCAGUGGAUUCGGUCGCCCUUGUGGUGAGGCCAUCGCCCGUCACAUGGAGAUCCGCAAGAUCUCCUUCACCGGUUCAACUGCCACGGGUCGCGCCAUCCAGAAGAUGGCCGCCGAAUCGAACCUCAAGAGUGUCACCCUCGAGCUGGGCGGCAAGUCCCCGCUAGUGAUCUGGGACGAUGCCGAUCUGAGCAAGGCUGUUCCGGCUGCUGCCAUGUCCAUCCUCACAAACUCCGGCCAGGUCUGCGUUGCCAGCUCGCGGGUCUAUGUACAUGAGGCCAUAGCCUCUCAGUUCCUUGAGCAGCUCAAGACCACCAUGACGGAGAUGGGCAAGAGUGGUCACCCGCUCAUUCCGGGCACCACGCGCGGCCCGCAGGCCGAUGCUGCCCAAUUUGCGCGCGUGCAGGGCUAUCUGGAUCUGGCAAAGCAGGAGGGUGUCUCGGUGUACUUGGGUGGUGCGCGCGAGGGCGACAAAGGUUACUUUGUGCAGCCAACCAUCCUGAAGGAUGUGCCGGAGGAGUCGCGCCUGAUGAAGGAGGAGAUCUUUGGUCCCGUGGUGGCCGUCAACACCUUCACCGACGAGGAAGACGUCAUGGCGCGCGCCAACGACUCCGAGUACGGACUUUAUGCUAGUGUCUACACACGGGAUAUCUCACGAGCGCUGCGAGCGGCCAAGAAGUUCGAGGCGGGUACCGUGGGGGUCAACUGCACCAGUCCGACCAUGGCGUUUGACAUGCCAUUUGGGGGCUGGAAGGGCAGUGGAGAGGGACGAGAGCUGAGUCGGUAUGCCACAGACUACUGGACCGAGCUGAAGUCGGUGUUGAUCGCGUUGUAACUCAUGUGUUGAUGUUGUAACUAUACUACUGUUUCCUGAGAAUAGGAUCCUCUCUACUCGUUAACUGACAACGUCUGAGUGCUG